UCACACAAUAUGUCUACAACACCCAAGAAAUCUUUUCUUUCUCUCCUUCUCCUCCUCAUCUACUUCCUUAUCUCAUCAACAAUAAAUGGAGACAUCACUGUUGCAGAUUUUGGAGCUAAGGGAGAUGGGAAAACAGAUUCAAGCAAAGCAUUUCUAGCAGCAUGGACUAAAGCUUGCAGUUCCUCUGAGCCAACAACAAUGUAUGUACCUAAGAAGAAGUACUUUCUAAAUCCAAUUUCUUUCAAAGGGCCUUGUAAGAAUUCAAGGAUGAUAGUUCAAAUUGAUGGGAUCUUAAUUGCUCCUGAUUAUAAAAAGAUUGGAUCUGAAGAAAAUUGGCUUACGAUUGAUCAAGUUCAGGGGUUGACUGUCAUUGGAGGUUACCUUGAUGGUCAGGGCUCAAGCUUGUGGGCAUGUAAGGCUUCUGGGGGAAAGUGUUCAGCUGGUGUAACGUCUCUUGCCAUCUUCAGUUCAAGCAAUGUAGUGGUCCAGAAGCUAACAUCCCUUAAUGCAGAACUUGGACACAUUAACGUACACACAUGCCAAAAUGUAACAUUGCAAGGGCUUAAAAUCCAUGCCUCAGAGACAAGCCCAAACACAGACGGCAUACAUGUACAAGACUCAACAAAUGUGACUGUCCUCAACACCGGAAUCAAGACUGGUGAUGACUGCAUCUCUAUUGGCCCUGGCACACGCAACUUGUGGAUUCAAAAUGUUGCCUGUGGCCCUGGACAUGGCAUAAGCAUUGGGAGUUUGGGGAAGGAUCGAGAGGAAGCAGGGGUGCAAACUGUGGUGGUGCAGAAUGUUGUAUUCACAGGGACUCAAAAUGGGUUAAGGAUCAAAUCUUGGGCAAGGCCUAGUAAUGGAUUUGUUAGAGGAGUUGUGUUUAAGAAAGUUGUGAUGAAUAAUGUUCAAAACCCAAUUGUUAUCGAUCAAAACUACUGCCCUCGAAAUGAAAAUUGCCCAAAUCAGAGUUCUGGUGUACAAAUUAGUCAAGUGACUUACAGCAACAUAAAGGGAACAUCAGCAACUCAAGUUGCAGUGAAGUUUGAUUGUAGUAAGACUUCUCCAUGUAAAGGAAUUAGUUUGGAAGAUGUUAAGCUGACAUAUCAAGGAGGUUCGGCACAGUCGUCUUGCCAGAAUGCACAUGGAACCACUGGAGGACAAGUCUCUCCUGCUGCUUGUUUAUAGAAAUUAUUUCUCUAUUUCCUUUUGUAUAUAUAAUUAAAAAUCUA